UAGAGCCCAUUGUCCGUUCAGAGCCGGCAAACGCCAACAGUCGAAUGGUUUAAACCUUGUGAUAUCGUGUGUUGAUUCAUUCUGAAACAGUACAUAAAUUUUCAGUGCAUUGCAGAGAUUAUUCGUAUCGCGACGCGUAAUCGUUAGUCGUUUAUCAGUGUAUCUAAUUUAACGAGUCGCGUUUGAAUUCCUCGGGGCAAAUUCGCGUAUCGUUGCAGCCAUGGUUGCCGGGGCUAAAAUGAUGAACGUCAGGGUGACGACAAUGGACGCCGAGCUGGAGUUUGCGAUUCAGCAGACGACCACCGGGAAGCAAUUAUUCGAUCAAGUUGUAAAGACGAUCGGACUACGCGAGGUCUGGUUUUUCGGACUUCAAUACACGGACAAUAAGGGCGACUUGACGUGGAUUAAACUUUACAAGAAGGUGAUGAACCAGGAAGUCAAGAAGGAGACUCCACUGCAAUUCAAAUUCCGCGCCAAGUUCUAUCCGGAAGAUGUUGCGGAGGAGCUCAUCCAAGACAUCACGCUGCGCCUUUUUUAUCUUCAGGUGAAGAACGCCAUUCUUACGGAUGAAAUCUACUGUCCUCCGGAAACGUCUGUACUAUUAGCUUCCUAUGCGGUCCAAGCGAGGCACGGUGAUUAUCAAAAAGGUACACACACCGCUGGUUUCUUAAUGAACGACCGUUUGGUACCACAACGUGUCGUGGACCAACACAAGAUGAGCAAAGAGGAAUGGGAAAGUUCGAUCACUAAUUGGUGGCAGGAGCAUCGUGGAAUGUUGCGCGAAGAUGCUAUGAUGGAAUAUCUAAAAAUUGCUCAGGAUCUGGAAAUGUACGGGGUGAACUAUUUCGAGAUCCGAAAUAAAAAGGGCACAGAUCUUUGGCUAGGCGUUGACGCGUUGGGAUUGAACAUAUACGAGAAGGACAAUAAAUUAACGCCAAAAAUCGGUUUCCCCUGGUCCGAGAUCAGAAAUAUAUCGUUCAACGAUAAGAAAUUCAUUAUUAAGCCGAUCGACAAAAAGGCGCCGGACUUCGUAUUCUUUGCGACUAGAGUUAAGAUUAAUAAGCGAAUCCUGGCCCUUUGUAUGGGGAACCAUGAACUGUACAUGCGUAGACGCAAACCAGAUACAAUUGAUGUCCAACAAAUGAAGGCUCAAGCAAGAGAAGAGAAGAUCGCGAAGCAACAACAGAGAGAAAAGUUGCAAUUGGAGAUUGCUGCGAGAGAACGAGCGGAGAAGAAGCAACAGGAAUACGAAGAGAGACUUAGAAAUAUGGCAGAGGAGAUGGACAGGCGGCAAGCUGAAUUGAACGAAGCUCAGGAAAUGAUCCGACGUUUGGAAGAGCAACUCAAACAGUUGCAGGCCGCGAAAGAAGAGUUGGAGGAUCGCCAGAAAGAACUCACGGCUAUGAUGGAGAAACUGGAACUUUCUCAUGAAAUGGAAGCAGCAGAGCGUGCUAAGCUCGAGCAAGAAAUAAGAGCCAAGCAAGAAGAGGUACAACGUAUACAAUCAGAAGUGGAGGCUAAGGAUGCAGAGGCAAGGAGACUGCAAGAAGAAUUUGAGGCUGCCAAUAGAUUGAGGCAAGAGGAAGCUGAUCGGGCAUAUCAAGCUAAUACAACUCCCCACCAUCAUCACGUUGAAGAAAAUGACGAGGGUGAGGAGGAGGGUGAAGACGAGGUGCCUCACGGUGACGUUACUAAAGAUCUUGCAACUGACGAGUCUAUAAUCGAUCCAGUCGAAGAACGGCGCACCUUAGCGGAAAGAAACGAACGUCUUCACGAUCAGCUUAAGGCAUUGAAGCAAGAUCUUGCACAGUCACGCGACGAAUCGAAGGAGACUGUUAUGGAUAAAAUUCAUAGGGAAAACGUUCGUCAGGGCCGUGACAAAUAUAAGACGCUCCGUGAGAUUCGCAAAGGCAACACUAAACGUCGCGUCGAUCAAUUUGAGAACAUGUAA